UUUUUUUUCUAAUAGAGUUUCAUAGAAUAAAUAAUAAAGACAAUUGUAAUGAUAUUAUGAUGGAUGAUGAUGAAAUAGAGCGUAUCUAUUCACAACAACUGCAUGAAGAACUACUAAAGCAAACUCGGUUGGCAGUGACACAGUUUAUUGAAUUAUGCCCUGAUAUAUUUGGCCUAAAGAAUUUAAUUUUACAAACAAACCAAUUUUUGUUACCUGUGAAUGAGAGAGUAACUCAACUAUAUCAAGAUGUUUGUGACACUUAUGCUGACAACCAUAUUCCAUUUGAUCACGCAUGGAAUUGGGUGAUGAUAUGGAGACAGCAAUUAUCAUUUCGAUCUUUAGCUGAACAUUAUGGUCAAGAACAAGUCAUGGCUGCUGUUCAUCCAAGAGCAAGAAAAGCAAUAUCUCAAAUCUAUACAGAGCAUCUAGAUCAAUACAUGCAGUGGUUUCCAUGGUCUUGGUUUUCUGAGAUGCAAUUCAUUGGUGCAGGUGGAUUUUCAGCUGUUUAUGCAGUCAAUAUGACACCUGCAUAUGAUCCGCAGCCACUUCGGAUGGCAUUGAAGAUUGUAGACUAUAAAUUGCUGAAUGAGAUCUCGGUACAGGCAAAGGCAUUUUUACCUCUUUUAUUUCAAGGGCUGACAGUCUGUGAAAGUACAGGCGAUUUAAUGAUGGUGAUGAAAUGCAGUAAUGAUGGUAACCUAGAAGACCAUAUGCAACAACUUCCUUUGGGUGAUCUUGACUUGAAAACAAUCACAGGCACCAUUUUACGUUUAGCAGCCAAUUUAGUUGAUUUGCAUAAAGUAGGCAUGUGUCAUCGUAAUGUACACCCACGCAAUAUUGUCUGCACAGAUUCGGAUUAUUUUCUAGUCGAUUAUCGCUUUGCUACACCGUCUCAUGAAUCUUCUUCUGUCACAGCUAUCACCAAGGCUGUUUAUGGCCGAUUGCCUUAUAUUGCACCCGAACUGCGUCAAGGCAUCUAUACUGAGAAAUCAGACAUUUAUAGCCUAGGCGUGAUUAUUUGGCAACUGGUCAGUAAAGUGAUCUUUCCCUCUCCUGAUGUCCUUCUAAAUGGCCAUAAGGGAUCUGAAGAACAUGUGUAUCGUAUCGAGAUUGUGCCCGGAUUACCCGAAUGGUACCAAAAACUUUAUAUUGCCUGUCUGGAACCCAAACCCGAACACCGCCCUGAUGCCAUUGAAAUCUGUCAAGCAUUACAGCCUAUCCAUAACGCAUUGGAUUAUUCAGUUCCCUUAGACCGUCGAGUGACAGAAUACAUUGUAGCAAGACGAGCAGAAGUAGCUGAUCAUCUUCGGACGUAUGCUAAAGUCAAAGGAAGCGUGUCUGGAUCAACCACACGUUUGUAUACCCUAUCUAAUUUGCCCUCAACGCAACCUUUUGUCUUACUUCCAUUUGAAAACGCACCCUUCCAUACGAUUUGGACUGUCAAUGAUACGUGUUCGGAUACCUUUUCACUUUCUGCCUAUAUAGACACAGCAUCGCCAGUUGUUUAGAAUAAACAUGUAAAUAAUGCCACAUUUGCUCCGCUUACCUUGGUUUACUUGUACAACUAUUUUUCUAGAGUAUGUAUAUAUAUGUUUCGUGACAAUGUGGGAGUAUUUCUUUUUGGCUUUUAGUCUUGAACAUAAAAGAGUUACACAUAGUGUGCUUUCUUUUUUAACAAGGCGGGCUUCCAGA